AUGCGCCAAAAAACGAAAGAAGAAGAAGAAGAAGAAGAAGAAGAAGCAGGACGUGACUUCGACACACUCUUCCAGCUCAAGUUCACGUCGAAGCAGCUGCAGCGACUGGCCACAAAGACAGAGAAGGACUCCAGAGCCGAGCAAGCUAAAGUGAAGAAGGCGCUCCAGCAGAAGAACGUGGAGUGUGCGCGUGUGUACGCAGAGAAUGCCAUCCGUAAGAAGAACGAGGGUCUGAACUGGCUGCGGAUGGCGUCUCGUGUUGACGCCGUGGCCUCCAAGGUCCAGAUGGCUGUGACGAUGAAGGGGGUGGCGAAGAAUAUGUCAGCGGUGACGAAGGCUCUGGACAAGGCGCUGAGCUCCAUGGACCUGCAGAAGGUGUCGGCCGUAAUGGACAAGUUUGAGACGCAGGUGCAGAAUCUAGAUGUGCACACCUCGGUGAUGGAGGACUCCAUGAGCUCUGCCACCACGCUGAGCACACCGCAGGAGCAGGUGGACCAUCUGAUCCUGCAGAUUGCCGAGGAGAGUGGCCUGCAGGUGCAGGACCAGCUCAGUCAGCUGCCCGCCGGAGCCUCCUCGCUGGGAGAGACGGCCAUGCACUCUCAGAAGGAGGACCAGCUCUCCAGUCGGUAA